AAACACCGACCGAAAGUUUCAAAAAUAAUAUUCAUUUCAAAAAAAAAAUACUUAUUUUAUUUUUUACUCAUUAAACACCAAUUAAAAUUAUAUAUUAUUGUUUUAUCACAACUUUUGAUAUUAAAUGGAAAAUAUAAAAAUUGCAUCUGUGGAGCACAUUCUUGUAAAAAAGUUUAAUGAAGGUAUGAAUGGGUGUGGUAAGCGCUGCUUAUCUUUAAUUACAGAAGUAGCUGGUGAAACUCAUUUAUCCAUAAAGACAGUUAAAAGCUGGAUUGCUAGGCACAAAGCAAAAAGCCGAAAAUCAGAUGUGGAUUUUAGUGUUAAACAAAAAAGAAAAAAAGUGUCUAUAAAUACUCAGGUGCUAAGGGGGUACGAUUUAUGGAAACAAAACCAGUUAUUGUCAUUGGAAGAUUCAGAUUUUGAUAACAGAAAUUUUUGUUUCAAAAAUCUUGGUCAUAACUGGUCGUUGUUAACAAACAAUGAAAAAGAAAGCUGGAACAAGAAAGCUUUAUUACAAAGAAACAAAUUACUUCCUCUCACUAAAGAAGAAAAAGAAAUUAAAUCUAAAAAGUUGUUAAAACAGUUGAAAAAAGUUGUGGAAGAGUUAGCAAAUAUGGGCAAUGAUGUUGUUGCGGUUACUUGUCUUGCUCAUGGUGGUGCUCCUGUUGUAACUGCAACCGAAAGAGGGUGCCAAUUUUUACUAAAUUCUGAAGAAUUAAACUUUCAGUUUAAAUUUGCUGAAUUUUUGAAAGCUCCAAUAGUCAAUAAGGAAAUGGUUGAAAAAAAUAAAUUAUGUACUAAAGUUGCAGAUAUUUUGAAUAAAAAAUAUGAAAUUAGUCGACUUGCUUUGCCAAAACACUUGCAACAAAGAUUUCGAAAAUGUCAUAUUCCAUACAAGAAAUAUGUUCCCACUAUUAUUAGUGCUCAUGGCUUACCUGAUGGACAGGUUUUAAGAUAUCCAUCAUCAAUGGGAACAGCCUUGUUAGCUAACAUUGUUGAAAAUCAAAAUGAAAUUAAUAUUGUUUUUGACUUGACAAGUUUAUUGCAUAUGGAAUACAAUUCAUUUGAAACACAUUUAUGUUCAACGGAAGUUAAUAGCGACUUAAUCGAGUCUUCUAUGUUUGCUAAUACUGAAUUAUUAUCAACAGAAAUAGAUUGUGAAUUUCAACCAGUGAGAAUAUCAAACUCAAACGUAAACGAAUUAAAUUUGUCAGAUGUUCAGUCUGCUUUUUGUUCUGAUGCAGAACAAGUUGUAAUAACAUCCAAUGAAGUUUGUAUGGAUCACGAUUAUGUUUAGGCGAACUUCCUUCAAUUAAGUAACAAUUUUUAAAUUUUUUUAUUUUAUAAAUGUAUUUUAAUUUUGUUCAAAUCCUCUUCUUUGUCUUGAUUA